AUGCGGUGGCUGGAGCGCGGCCGGGAGAUCCACUCCGAGAUCGUCAACUUGGGCUUGGACAGAUCGCUGGUCCUGAUGAACACCGUGCUCACCAUGUAUAUCAAGUGCCGGAGCUUGGACGAAGCUGGAGAGUUCUUCGCGGCUAUGGCUUCCAGGGACUUGAAGUCGUGGAUGUUCAUCAUCGCGGCGAAUGCCCAGCAAGGCCGUCCCGAGAGAGCGCUGGCGCUGUUUCGGUCGCUGCUAGAGGAGAGGGAUCCCACUCUCCAGCCGGACGAAGUGAUCUUUGCCAGCGUUCUCAAUGCCUGCUCCACGAAGAAGUGGUCGGAUGAUGGAAGAGCUAUCCACCGGAUCAUCCCUCCUCGGCUGGAAGCUACUGCUGUGAUCGGCACUGCUCUUGUCGACUUCUACAGCAACUGUGGAGAUCUCGCGAAUGCCAAGGCUGCCUUUGCCAGGAUCGUUGCCAAGGACGUCGCUGCCUGGAACGCCAUCAUCGGUGCUUGCAUCCAGCACAGGCUCUACGAGGAAGCUCUCGAGAUCUUUUACCGGAUGAACGUAGAAGGCUGCUCGCUGCCAAACCAUCGCACAUUCGUGGCUCUGCUCGAGGCAUGUACCGAGUCGCCGUCGCUGGGAGCUGCCGGGAGGAAGCUCUACGAGCGAAUAGUCGCCAGUGGCUACGAGCUCGGCCUCGUCCUUGGAACUGGGAUCAUCAACAUGUUUGCAAAGUUGGGCAGCCUCGAUCGAGCUCGGGACGUCUUCGCGAGGAUGCCGAUCAAGGACCUGGUUUCCUGGACCGCCAUCAUCGCCGCUCACACUCGCAGUGGAGCUCGAGUCGAGGCCAGAGAGCUGUACUGGAUGAUGGCACUCCAGGGCCUGGAGCCUGACGAGGUGACGUAUAUCAGCAUUCUCUCCUCGUGUGCUCACGCAGGGAUGGUGGACGAGGCCUGGAGCUACUUUGUGUCGAUGAGCGAGGACUUUGGAGUCGAGCCGCGGGAGGAGCACUACGUCUGCGUGAUUGAUCUGCUGGGACGAGCUGGACGGCUGCGGGACGCCGAGGAGCUCGUGAUGAAAACGUCCAAGCUGCUGGGGGCAGUGGGAUGGACAAGUGUUCUGGGCGCCUGUCGGACUCACGGGGAUUUGCAUCGAGCCAACCAAGUUGUGGACGAGGCUGUCAAGCUCGAGCCAGAAAACUCUGGAGCGUAUCUCCUGCUUGCGCAUACUUCUUAUAAUAACCAUUGA